AUGGCGAUUCCCGUCAGAUUCCUUGUCUAUGGACUGAGCACCUCUUGCAUCACCCUUCUCUAUGCUCUCCGACUAGCUUUCCACUCUACAAUAAUAUGUCAAUUGGAGAAUUCGACUGUUUCAUUUUUGCUCGAUGAAGAUCUCAAGCAGUACACAUUCCAAUCCGUUGGAUUUGGGCUAGCCGUGGGAUUGGUUCCAUUGCAUUUCUUGAAUUUUUUGGGAACAAGAAAUGUAACGACCAUCUAUGGGAUCAUCGGAAUCCUCUCUGCUCUUUUCUACCCAACAUCCUACCAAAUGGGAUUCUAUGCCUCAUUUGUCACUCGUCUUCUGCAAGGAGCUCCACUCGGGAUCCUCUUAUGGCUCAUCGCAAAAGUGGCGACUGAUUGGACACCAAAAACUGAAACUGCGAUUGCAAUCGCAAUAUUGACAUCAGUUUACCAAUUGGCUCCUUUUGUUGCCCAGAUAAGUGCUGCCGAGAUGUGCCAGUAUUUUGGAUGGGAGUACACUUACUACUUUUUGGCAGUGCUAUGUGCAAUUUCCCAUAUCGCGUUUUAUUUUGUGUACACGGAUCGCGUUGAGGAUAACCAGCUUGCAAGUGCAGAAGAGAAGUCGUUGAUAUUGGAAGGAAAAGGAAAAAGCGGAAAGCAGGUGUCCGAAAAUGUUCCAUACUCUCAAUUGCUUUUGGAUCCAACAGUAUGGGCUACCUGGUUUGCGAACCUCGCUUUCUUCUCGUCUCUUUUAGUUUUUCUUCAAUAUGGACCACUUUAUAUGAACCAAGUGCUAGGAUUCUCUGUUAGAAUAACGGGAUACUCUGGAGGAUUGGCUCAUGUAUUCUGUUUGUUUGCGAAGAUUGUAUUCGGAAAAGUAAUGGACAAAAGUCAAAUGGAUAUGACAAAGAGGUUGAAAGCUGCAUGGACUGUUGUUGAGAUCCCAUCAUUGGCAUUGUUGUUAGCAUUGAUUAUGCUCCGCGACGUCUACAUUCAAAUGGCAUGUAUUGUGAUUUUCAUCACUAUCCAUGGUGUUGCCAUUGUCAUUAUUGUGAAAACUCAGACCUAUAGAUCCGCCGAGCACAACCACGUUCUUGCCAACGGGAACACCCUUUGCGUUGUUCUCUGUCUGUUCCUUCAACCGCUCAUAGUAAAGUUCCUGGUCCAAUCGAACACGUUUGAUGAGUGGUCUCGAGUCUUCGGUCUCCAUGCCAUCCUGAUCCUUACCUCCGUCAUCUUCUUCACAUGCAAAGUGGAUGCCACACCUGCUAAAUGGACAGGAAUCCAGAAAGUUGAGACAAAAAUCGAGGAACCAUAA